AUACAUGUAAUACUAACUCUGCUUACCAACACACUUCUAUCCACACUACCUGUAUUAAUCGCAUUCUGAUUACCCCAAUUAAACACCUAUGCAGAAAAAGCAAGCCCUUAUGAGUGUGGAUUUGACCCCAUAGGAUCCGCCCGCCUACCCUUCUCUAUAAAAUUUUUCCUAGUAGCUAUUACAUUCCUACUAUUCGAUCUAGAAAUUGCACUACUACUCCCCCUUCCCUGGGCCUCACAAACAAACAAAUUAUCAACCAUACUUAUCAUAGCCCUCCUACUAAUCUCUCUACUAGCCGCGAGCCUAGCCUACGAAUGAACCCAAAAAGGACUAGAGUGAACUGAAUA